AUGGAAAAUGGUGAUUUAAAUCAUCAGAAUACUUAUCUUGCUGCUUAUGCACGUGAUAAAGGUCACAAACCAGGGGAAGCAGUAGAUUACAAUGAAUUGCAAAGUGAAUACUUGGACAAAAAUUCUAAGGAAAACUCAGAUGUCGUGAAAAUAGUAA